CCAGAAGCCUCUCGUUUAUCACGUAGCCACAGUUUCGCGCAGGCGCGGCCAGGGCCAAACGGAUACGUCCGUCACGUGGGCAGUGCCCGGCCAAUCCGGUUUGAAUCUCAUUUUUUCCUCUCACCCCCUCCAGGAGCGGUUGUGCGAUCAGAUCGAUCUAAGAUGGCGACUGUGGAACCGGAAACCACCCCUACUCCUAAUCCCCCACCUGCAGAAGAGGAGAAAACAGAAUCUAAUCAGGAGGUUGCUAACCCAGAACACUAUAUUAAACAUCCUCUUCAGAACAGAUGGGCACUCUGGUUUUUCAAAAAUGAUAAAAGUAAAACUUGGCAAGCAAACCUUCGACUGAUCUCUAAGUUUGAUACUGUUGAAGACUUUUGGGCUCUGUACAACCAUAUCCAGUUGUCUAGUAAUUUAAUGCCUGGCUGCGACUACUCACUUUUUAAGGAUGGUAUUGAGCCUAUGUGGGAAGAUGAGAAAAACAAACGGGGAGGACGAUGGCUAAUCACACUGAACAAACAGCAGAGACGAAGUGACCUAGAUCGCUUUUGGCUAGAAACACUGCUGUGCCUUAUUGGAGAAUCAUUUGAUGACUACAGUGAUGAUGUUUGUGGAGCUGUUGUUAAUGUUAGAGCUAAAGGUGAUAAGAUAGCAAUAUGGACUACUGAAUGUGAAAACAGAGAGGCUGUUCAACAUAUAGGGAGAGUGUACAAGGAAAGGUUAGGACUUCCUCCAAAGAUAGUGAUUGGUUAUCAGUCCCAUGCUGACACAGCUACUAAGAGCGGCUCCACCACUAAAAAUAGGUUUGUUGUUUAAGAAGACACCUUCUGAGUAUUCUCAUAGGAGACUGCGUCAAGCAAUCGAGAUUUGGGAGCUGAACCAAAGCCUCUUCAAAAGCAGAGUGGACUGCAUUUAAAUUUGAUUCCAUCUAAAUGUUGCUAAGAUACAAGAGAAGUCUCAUUCGCCUUUUGUCUUCUACUUCUGUUACUUAUGUGGGUUUUUUCGUUUUGGUGUUUUGUUUGUUUGUUUGUUUUUUGCUAGAAUAUCCACUAUCCCAAUCAAAGUAUUACAGUGUACAUCAAUCCCCGGAAUCCAUAAAUGUGUUCUUAGUUCACUCUGUAAUAGCUUAGUAAAAGUAUCAUUACAAACACAUUUUACCCAUUCACAUUAUUCAAAAAAGAGCUUGUGUUUCUGUAACAGGGGAAAAUAGUUAUUACUUUCCGUUGUAUGGAGGCACAUAUUUUGCUGGUUUGAAAGAGUAUGAUGCAGUUUUCUAGCAAUUUUCUUUGUUUCUUUUUACAGCAUUAUCUUUGCUGUACUCUUGCUGAUGGCUGCUAGAUUUUAAUUUAUUUGUUUCCCUACUUAAUAACAUUAGUGAUUUUGAUUUCAGGUUUUCAUUUGCUUAGCUUUUGUUUUUUCCUCAUGUAACAUUGGUAAAGGAUCCAGGAAUAUGAUACAAGGGUGGAAUAAACAUUAAUUUUGUGCAUUCUUUGGUAAUUUUUUUUUAUGACUGCAAAGGUUUGCUACAAAUUUGUGCAUUUCAUUCAAAUCAGUGAUCUAUGUUUGUGUGAUUUCCUAAACACAAUUGUGGAUUAUAAAAAAAUGUAACAUCAUAAUUACAUUCCUAACUAAAAUUAGUAUGUCUGUUUUUGUAUCUUUAUGCUGUAUUUUAAUACUUUGUAUUACUUAGGUUAUUUUGCUUUGGUUAAAAAUGGCUCAAGUAGAAAAGCGAUCCCAUUUAUAUUAAGACAGUGUACAAAAACUGUAAAUAAAAUGUGUACAGUGAAUUGUCUUUUAGACAUCUAGAUUUGUCCUUUUAUUUCUCCCAUCUCUGUAGAAGAAAUUUGUACUUUUUAUUGCAAGGCAGUCUCUUGUGUCUUCUCUUGUAGGUCUUCCACAUGAACAACAUACAUUUGGAGCACUAGUUUAUUAUGUUUACUACAAUUUUUAAAUAAAUUGAAUAGAUAGUAUAUGUAUGGAAUUAAACUGAUGUGGCUAUCUUUGUUUUUAAUGAAGUAAGGCACAGUUCUUCAGUAUUAGAUAAAUGUACUUCCAAUGUAUUAAAAAAAUUUAUGAGAAUUGGGAUUUUGGUGCAUCACCAUGUGGCUAACAUAAUUGGUUAUAAGAUUUGGUUACUGAGUUGAAACGUUCUUAUGUGUCAGAAGGACAGAACAGGGAAAAAACAGGUGGACUAUGCAUUCAGACUUCUAUUAGUGUUAUUUAAACAGAAUGGAAUAAAAAUCUUAAAGACAUUUAUAUUGGUCAAUUGUAUGGUUUUCUGUAAACUUGAUAUACUGUUUGUAGAAUAUCAUUGGAAGACAAACUUGAAAAUAUUUUGUCUCCAAGACAUAAUUGUAUAGUUCGAUCCUAUGAAAUAAGCUCUGGCUAUCAUAUAAUAAAUGGUAAGUUCAACUGUAGAUAGCAAAAUGAAAAUUCAUUAGUUGAGAAAAAUUUAAAGGGCACUUAUGAGUUGAUCAUAUUCAAAGUAAUAAUUUUGAAAAAGUCCUCAAAAUAAACAUGAACUAAAAAGUUUGGUUUUGUUGCAGAAAUUUAAAAUAGUUUUCUGUUUUGUUUUGUUUUGUUUUGUUUUGGGAGAGGGCGUUGAAAAAAACUUGUGUAGCUCAGGCUGAUCUUGGACUCACUAUAUAUCCUGGGCCCGCCUUGAACUCGCAGCAAGUUCUGCCUGAGCCUCCUGAGUGUUGAGAUUACAGGCUUGUGCCACCACACCUGACUAAAAUAGUUUUAAGUGAUACCACAGAUUGCUGUCUAGAUAUUGUUAAGAUCACAGGCACCUCUUGUUUAAUACUCUCAAAAUGCAGAAUCUUCAUAAUUGCAAUAUCUGUAACUAAUGUUCUAAGUUUGCAUGAUUGUGUCAGCUGAUUGUUGGUAUGUACAGUUGUGAGCAUUUCAGUAGCUUACUUAAAAGUAAUGGUGAUCUGUUGACAAUGAACCGAACUUGGAGUCUAUUUAUGUUCUCUUUUCCUUAAUCCUAAAAUGCAGUUUAGAGUCACAGUUUUGUUUGAAAUCUUUCUACCAGUGUGGAGAGCGGUGGUUAAUUUUUCUAAAUCACUUUUGGUGGUCGCCCCUUUAGGUAUGACAGUGACUUGCAAAGUUGUAUAACCUCACUGUAUUAUUCCUUCCUCCUUGCCCAACAUAUUAUAUAUUUUCAUAAUAGAAAGUUGAAAUAAUCUUUAAUUUAUGAAUAGUAAUUGAUUGUAGGAUGUGACAUUUAAUAAAUGUAAAUUUUAUCAGUUUUACAGAAAGAGAAUUUCAAUAAUUACACUUAUUGUAGUAAUUUUCAUGUCAGGAAGUAUUCCAGGCAUUUUACGUGUAUAUUAACCUGUGUAAUAAUCCUUUGAUACCUAGGUGAUAAUACCUUUACUCAUAAAGGAAAACAUAAGCGUUAAAGAUUUAUGUAUCUUAAAGUAUGAAUUUGAAUCCUGAAAAGUUGAGUCCACAGAUGCUGUAUCACUAUGUACUGUCUGAAUAGCAUCAGUCCUAUGUAAUAGACUGUCAAUUACUUGAGAUUGUAGUGAGUUUAUAGACCAGACAUAAACAUUUCUAAGAGUGUUUGAAGCCAAUUACUCUUAGCAACCAGCUUAAAGCUGUUGAGCGAGUUUUGAGAACAUUAGAGGCAAAAGUACAGAAGGUGACAAAAUAUAAGUAUUUUAAUAUGCAAUUUUAAGUGUCCUACCUUCUAAAGUAAAAUGGCAAAGCAAAUGUUCAAAUUGAUAGAAGUUGAGAUUCUUAAAUGCUAAUGUUGCAUUCAAACUGAUAAAUUUAGUAAGGCGUUGUGACAGUGCAAUAUUUUACAUUUUAAAAUUAAAACAAGUUGAUGACAA